UUCCGCUUCCGUCCUUUUCACAUUUGCUUGAAAACAAAAGUGUGGUGUUCUUUCAAAGCUAAGGCCAAUCGGCAACCUACACUUUGUUUUAUUUGACAUCUUAUAAAAAAUUGUAAACACAACUAAUAAUGGCAUCAAAAGACGAACUUGCCUGCGUAUAUGCCGCUCUUAUCUUGGCAGAUGAUGAAGUAGCAAUAACGGCAGAGAAAUUGAAGACUAUUUUGAAGGCAUCCAGUGUCAGUGUUGAACCAUACUGGCCUGGUUUGUUUUCCAAGGCAUUGGAAAGUGUAAAUGUUAAAGAACUGAUAACCAACAUCAGUAGUGGAGUUGGAGCUGCCCCAGCUGCAGGUGCACCAGCCGCAGCUGCAUCAGAUGCAGCACCAGCUAAAGGAGCAGACAAGAAGAAAGAGGAAAAGAAGGUAGAAUCCGAGGAGUCUGAUGAUGAUAUGGGUUUUGGUUUGUUUGACUAAACAAAGAAAAGACUCAAAACACCAGACUUUUAAUAAAUAAGAAAAAACUUCACAAA